AUGGAAAAUUCAAAAGAAACACUUCUUGAUGCAGACACAUUCGGUCAAAUGUGGUCACCAUAUGAUCUGAAUCCUGAUCGUAUUACAGAAGAAUUAAGUAAAAUAUUUACAUACAAUGAUACUGAAACGAAACGACAUAAUUCUAGCAGUACAUACUAUGAUUUUAAUAAAGCAAAUAUGAAUAAACUUGCCGAAAGCCAUUCAGCGAAAGGUGGUGCCUCUAUCAGUACGGAAGCUCAUCUUAGUGUACCAUUUGGCAGUGGUGGUGCAAAGUUUAGUGCUAGUGCUUAUGGUGAAACCGCUGACAGCUCAUAUAAUUCUCUCUACAAUCAACUGAAUGAAACAACACAUAAUCAGUUUUCAUCCGAUGAUAUUCAACGUAUGUUCACACAACAGGGUACAGAAUUACAAUUUAAGGGCGAAAAAGUAACUCCAAAAUCAUUUCAAGUUUAUAAAUUGGCUGAUUUAAUGGAUCAAGUACAAGUUGGUAUCAUAUCAAAACAAUUAAUCGCUGAAAAGAAAGAUGGUGCAAUUGUGCGAACUAUAAGUGCAUUGAAUUUUCCUGCUCUACCAGGAACAUUUGAGUCUAACACAACAACAUCUAUUCCUUCGACUUCGACAACUACAUCUAUUCCUUCAACUUCGACAACUACAUCUAUCCCAUCUAUAUUAUGUGACUCCAACAUGAUUCUAACAGGUGAAAUACGACUCUAUGCAGGUGAUCAGACUGCUCUCCCCGCUCCAUGGCUUCUUUGUAAUGGUUCAGCUGUCUCACGAAAGGAGUUUCAUGAACUCUUUCGGGUAAUUGGCACAAAUUAUGGAAGUGGUGAUGAUAACGAUACAUUUCAUUUGCCAGAUUUUCGUGGGCGGGUACCGGUGGGCGUAGACGAGUUACAAGAAAAUGUUACUGGAAUAGAUAGAUUAGGAUCGAUAGGUGGACAAGCUACGUAUCAACUAACUAUUGAUCAACUUCCACCACAUGAGCAUAGCGCAGGUUCUCUCUCUACGUCAUACAGCGGUGCUCAUUCGCACUCCAUUUAUGAUCCUGGUCAUGAUCAUGGUGGUAAAACAGGAGACAGCGGACCAUUUGGUAACGGAAGAUGGGGAAUGCCUCCCAGCGGUUUUGGUAGCGACCAAUCUUCUCAUUCUCAUACAAUCCCAAUCGAUACAACGAGGAUUACGAUCAAUUCAGCUGGUUCUCAUGCUCACACGGUUAACAGCGGUCAGACUGGUUCAGCUGGACUUGGCCAAGAGUUCAGUUUGAUGCAGCCGUAUCAAACAGUUAACUAUAUAAUUUAUGCUGCUUGA